AGCGCACUGACCAGGUCGGACACAGCAUCAGCCACAGUGCCAUCAUGGGGGAGGUUCUGGAACAAUUCUUCAUUUUUGUAGGGCUGCUGGUGUGCCUGGUCCACCUGGUGAAAUGUGUGAGAUUCUCCAAAUGUAUCUUCCUGCACUUCUGGCAAGUUUCACCAAGGCCUUUCUUGACGUCCAUGGGACAGUGGGCAGUGAUCACUGGAGCAGGAGAUGGGAUUGGGAAAGCUUACUCAUUUGAGUUAGCAAGACAGGGACUCAAUGUCGUACUUAUCAGCCGGACACUGGAAAAACUACAGGCCAUUGCUGCGGAGAUUGAGCAGAAAAUAGGAAGCAGUGUGAAGAUUAUACAAGCAGAUUUUACCAAAGAUGACAUCUAUGAGUAUAUUCAAGAAAAACUUAAAGGCUUAGAAAUUGGAAUUUUAGUCAACAAUGUUGGAAUGCUUCCAAACCUUCUCCCAAGCCAUUUCCUUAAUACGCCGGAUGACAUCCAGAGCCUCAUCCACUGUAACAUCACCUCAGUAGUGAAGAUGACACAACUGAUUCUGAAACACAUGGAAUCAAGGCGGAAAGGUCUCAUCUUGAAUCUAUCCUCCGGGUCAGCCCUCUUUCCCUGGCCUCUGUACUCCACAUAUUCGGCUUCCAAGGCUUUUGUGUGCACAUUUUCCAAGGCACUGCAAGCCGAAUAUAAAGAGAAAGGAAUCAUUAUCCAGGUGCUGACCCCAUAUGCUGUUUCAACCCCAAUGACAAAGUAUCUAAAUACCAACGUGAUAAUCAAGACUGCUGAUGAGUUUGUUAAAGAAUCCCUGAAUUAUGUCACGAUUGGAGACCAGACCUGUGGCUGCCUCGCCCAUGAAAUCUUGGCAAGCAUUCUGAACUUGAUCCCAUCGUGGGCCUUCUACAGCAGUGUGUUUCAGAAGAUGUUCCUGACCUGCUACAUGGACUUCCUCAAACAGAAUGCCAACAUCAGAUAGUCCUGGUGGGCUGAUGUGCCGUCCAGCUUUGCUUUCUUCACCAAGUUCUGCGCUGGCCACAGAGGACCCAGGAACACACCAAUACCUGUCACCUCCCUGAAGCUGGAGGGCCCACGUCACAGAUCCAGUAUCUAAAAUUCAACUUUUCUUUUCUUUUUUUCUUUUUCUUUUUUUGCAAUUUUACUCAAGUCUGGAGAUCUUUGGGAGAGUUGCGAUGUAAAAACAUGUGUUGUGCGAUGGGCUUUUAAUAGUUAGAGAAGGUGAGGGUGCUAUAGGUAAAAGUGGAACAUUUUCUGUAUGGGAUUAUAAUAUAAUGUGGUGAGAAGAAAGCCUCUGAUUCUUUGGAUAUUGAGAACAAUUGUAUCUAGUAAUCUACUUUUAUAGCUAUAUUAAAGAAUGUCUGAAAUUACUAAACUUUAUCAAGACUGCCUGUAGUCCUAGAGCACUCACUGGUUCUCAAACUAUCCUCUUCAGAGACCCAGGAAACUGUCUAGGAGAAAGGGUGGGGGCAACAGCUGCAUCAGGACAGUUUCUGGGGACCCCUCAUUUCAACUAAUGCAACACCAGAUUUAUCUAUUUCAGUUUUAUUUGGGGUUCUAUAUAAGACUGUGUUUACAAAAAUAAAAACAGAAAAUAUGCUGUUAAAAGUAGU